CUCCCCCCCCCCACUGAGGACCUUAAGCCCCCAAGAACAAUAGAAGUGUGUCGCAUUAUUGGUUAAUUUUACCCUGGGCGUUUUGUUUUUCCAUGAUGGCAGUCACAGACAAAGCAGGGGCUUCCUUGCCAGUGGAUUGAAUAGAUAACACUGCCAGUCUCUUAUCUUCUGUUCAUCAUGGCUUCUUCUGAUAUCCAGGUGAAAGAAUUGGAGAAACGUGCCUCUGGCCAGGCUUUUGAGCUGAUUCUUAGCCCUCGAUCAAAAGAAUCUGUCCCUGAAUUCCCCCUUUCUCCCCCAAAGAAGAAGGAUCUUUCUCUGGAGGAAAUUCAGAAGAAAUUAGAAGCUGCAGAAGAAAGACGCAAGUCCCAUGAAGCUGAAGUCUUAAAGCAGCUUGCUGAGAAACGAGAGCAUGAGAAAGAAGUGCUUCAGAAAGCGAUAGAAGAGAACAACAACUUUAGUAAAAUGGCUGAAGAGAAACUGACCCACAAAAUGGAAGCCAACAAAGAAAACCGAGAGGCACAGAUGGCUGCCAAACUGGAACGUUUGCGAGAGAAGGACAAGCAUGUUGAAGAAGUAAGGAAGAAUAAAGAAUCCAAAGAUCCUGCUGAUGAGACAGAAGCUGACUAAUUUGUUCUAAAAACUGACUUUUCUCCCCCUCCCCUUCCUAAAUAUCCAAAGACUGUACUGGCCAGUGUCAUUUUAUUUUUGCCCUCCUGACAAAUAAUUCUAGAAGCUGAUGUAGGACUGUAUAGGUAGAUCAGACUGUAUGAUGUUGUUUUAGGGGAUAAGGGGAGAAACAAAAAGUGUUUUACUCUUUUUCUAAAGUGUUGAAGUCUUUCUAAUGUAGCUAUUUUUCUUGUUGCAUCUUUUCUACUUCAGUACACUUGGUGUACUGAGUUAAUGGCUAGUACUGUAUUGGCUCUGUGAAAACAUGUUUGUGAAGAGUAUGUAGUGGCUUCUUUCAAAUUGUUAGAUGCUGAAUAUGUUCACUUUUAAAUCCCAAUUCCGUCCCAAUUUUACCAGAUGCUACUGUACUUGAAUGGUUAAUAAAGCUGCACAGUGCU